UGCACGCCACUACAAUUGGUUUUUAAAACUCAUGUAGUUCACACUUGUCCAUCAAGUUGAGCGGAUCGAAGAAAAGCCAUCAUCCCGAAAAGUUACAAGAAAGAAGGAAGCAUGACUAUCGCAUACGUUACGGCUGGCCCGGAUACUUCUCCCACCAGGGACUACACCGAAGGAUUCAAGCCAAAUUCACCUUCUCCGGAGCCUCCGAUCCAAAUAAAUUCAUCCGCCAGCAAUCCAGCAUCCGUAAGGCAAAUCAACAAGCAACUUAACGUGGCCUGUGCAGUGUUUUUUCUGUAUGUCUACGGCGGCAUGGACUUUGCCCACAGUGCAGGUUGGAACCAGACCUUAAACACCACGGCCACGCAAGUUUUUAAAUGCAGUUGGUUCAUUGGAGUCCUGGCUGGAGCAGCCUUGGCCUCCUUAACCAUGACCUUCCUACCAAAGUUGCCUUUUUAUGUUCUUGGCGGUUUAAUGCAAUUGACUGGAGCAAUUAUAUUCACGUGUAAACCCUUUGAUUACGGAUGUCUUCUGGCUGCUCGUUACGUGGCCGGAGCAGGAAUCGGAUUAAUCACCGUACCGUUUCUUAUUCAUAGUGCCGAAGUGGCGACGGACAACCAUCGCGGGGUUAGCGGAUCAAUGGAGCAGUGUGGUCUGGCCUUGGGCAUUGCCAUCCAGGUUAUCUAUGACACUCAAUGGGUGGAUGACAAGGAAGCAUCUGUUAACCAGGUUCAUGGCAUAAUAGGAAUUGUGUUCUCUAUUAUUGGUCUUGGAAUGACAGCCCUCUCGAUAGAGUCGCCCAUAUACUAUUUGCGAAUCAAACAGAAGGAGAAGGCUCGCAAAUGCCACGAGAAACUAUUGGGAAGCUUUAACCACUCAGUGGAUCAGGAAUUUGAGGAGAUUCAGCUUUAUGUAGCGGAGAGCCAGAAGAGGACGUUUUGUCAGCAGCUAUGGAUCUCAGUGGUGCCCUUUAUAAAACUGCUGCUUUACCGCGGAUUCGUCGCCUUCUCAUUUUCCCUGCCCCUCUCCGAAUCCCUUAUCAAGAGUGCUCUCCUGACCGAAGGAUUCAUUUCCUGUUGGCCAGUGACUCUGUGGGGAUUGGUGCGUUUGCUAGGAGCCCUAGUAGCCCAAGGAUCUAUGGACAAGUUGGGGCGCAAGCUAAUCUCACUCGUGGGUCUACUCUGCAUGGCCAUCCUUAUGCUCUGCAUGGCUGCCUCGUAUGCAAACCCGGCUAAUGCACUAAUGACCUACUACAUGUACCAGGUGUGGAGACUGGGAGUGGCUUUUCAGGCAUUCGCAGGACUCUUCGUUUGCAGCUCAUCCGUCUAUCUGGGCGAGGCGUUUCCCAUAAAAGUGAAGCCCUUCUUUGUGGGAUACAUUAUAGGUUUCGAACAAACGAUCCACAUCAUUAAUAUUGUCGGAUACAACAAGGGUUACGAGAACUUCUUUUACCACUACUAUCUGUCAGUGGGUAUCAUUCUCCUUGUUGGAGUGGUUUUCUUUGGAAUCGUUAUCCCAGAAACAAGUAAAACAACACUACGGGAAGCUACCAAGCGAUUCCAGCGAUUGCAGAACAUACGAUUAUUCUAGUCAAGGGAAAUGAAAAUUAAGUUAAUAAAUAUAAAGAAACCCCUUUAAUAAAUACUAAAAAAUUAAUUUGAAAUUGAAAUUGGACUUUGCUUAAACUAUUUGAGAGUAAAAACAGGAACGUUUGUUUACAAAUAAAAUUUUUUGGUUGAUACAAGACCGAACAGCACUUCACUCGAAAAGUUAUCUUUGACAUUUGUUAAUCAAAUCAAUCAAUUAAAUGGGAUUGAUAACACAUUUCCAAGUAUCU